CAGCGCAACACAAGUCAGGCAACCAACAUGGACAUUUUUUUUUAUUUACUUAACUUAACAUACAGUGAUUAUGAUAACUUCACUUAUAAUGAAGACACCAACAUGGAAAUUGAUUUUGAUUUACUUAACUUAACAUACAGUGAUUAUGGUAACUUCACUUAUAAUGAAGACACCUCAAAUACACCAGAGUUAACAGUGGCACAUAACACUGUGAAGAUUAUCUCUCUCGUCAUCUACAGCCUCACCUUUCUCAUUGGUGUCCCUGGUAAUGCCUGUGUUAUUUGGAUUGCGGGCCUGAAAAUGAAGAGGACUGUGAAUGGUGUGUGGUUUAUCAACCUGGCCAUCGCAGACUUCCUCUGUUGUCUAAGCAUCCCCUUCUCCAUCACCAACACUCUUCUGGACACCAACUGGCCGUAUGGGAACGUCAUAUGCAAGAUCAUCCCCCUAUUUGUCGUUCUCAACAUGUUCGCCAGGGUCUUCACCCUGGCUCUUAUCAGCUUGGACCGCCUGGCGCUGGUGGUACGGCCCGUCUGGGCCCAGAACCACCGCAGCCUGGUGCUGGCGUGGGUCCUCUGUGGACUGGCCUGGGUUCUGGCUCUCCUGCUCAGCUUACAUGCCAUGAUUCUCACUUAUGUCACCCAAGAUGGUGGCAGUCUCUCUCAGUCACUCCUAGCCCACACGCAGAUGAUUCACUUUCUGUUUGGAUUUCUCGUCCCUCUCCUCCUCAUCAUCACUUCCUACAUCAUCAUCACCCUCAAGGUGUUGAGCAGUAGCUACUGUGCCAAAAGAGCCUCCAAGAUCAUUGUAGCUGUAGUCGUGGCCUUCUUUAUCUGCUGGCUGCCCUAUCACGCCUUUGGACUUGUAAGGGAGUAUGGCCAAGAUGAGGGCCUGGCGCUCCAUACUGACCAGCUGAGCAUAGCCCUUGCUUUUGUGAACAGCUGCCUCAACCCUCUCCUGUAUGUAUUUAUGGGUCAGAACUUUAAGGAGAAGGUGUCGCUGAAGCUAAUCCUGGAGGAUGCAAUCAAUGAGGACAACACCACACACUCCUAUGUGUGUUCCUAGGUCUUACAAUCACGCGUGGUUGUUUUUGUGGAAAAAUAAAAUAUUUUUGUUUCAAUUAUGUCAAUUUGCAAAGGCCAAAUCACCAGCAUCCGAAUUCAUAUCUAAGCAUGCCUAUAUAUUCUCUUUGACUGCUCUUAGAGGGGCUUUUAUCAGUGGAUUUGACUGUUUUGAUCUUGUUCCCAACCCAGACUUGUAAUCUUUAACUGUAAAAAUACAUUGAGUCUAGAUGAUUUUGUACCAUGUUUGUUCCAAGAAAGAGUUAAAU